AACAAAAUCGCGCGCGAACCUGAAGCCGAAUCACAGGGGAGCAAGUUCAGGCGCGAAAACAGGCAUAGAGAUUCUGCGUGUUCUAAACAUCACGAACAUCGAAACAAGAAUAAAGACAAAUCUAAGACAUAAACAUUGAUUUCAACGGGAUGGAUGAUGAUUUAGAUGAUUUGGUUGACUUCCUUGAUAUGGGUGAUGAUAGUGACUCUGAUGAAAACAAAUUGAUGAAUUCAGACAAGAAUAAUGUUGAAUGUGUUGAUUCUGAUUCUGAUGAUGAUUGUGGUAUAUGUGUUGCUGAAACAGAAACCUUCAAUGAAUGCAAAAAUGACAAAUUCAGCAAGAAAAAGCAGCUAGCUGAUUCCUCUCAACUGAAACCUACAAAUGAGAAAAGUGAAGAAGAGGAAAUCCAGUCAAUCAAAGAUGAAAUAAAAUCAACAAAAGAAAAAUUAGCAAUUUUAGAAAAGAAACUAGCAGAAAAAGAGCAUUUAAGAGAUGCAAAGAAGUCAAAGACUGUUGAGAAGUCAGAUCAAGUGAACUUAUCAUCAACAAAAACAAAGUAUGAGUCACAUGCGAAGGAGAAAAUAGAAAAGACACCUGAAGAAUCAAAUAUUCUUUUUAAGAAGACAGAAAGGGUGGCUCAUGCAACAAAGCGUGAACCUAAAAUGGAUCGAAGUGGAAUUGACAAUAUCCAACAUGAGAAGAAGAAAAUGUACAUUGACAAAAAGAGAGCACCAUCUUCAAAAAGAAAUGAAGAGGAACAACCGUGGCAGAUGGAAUCAUAUUCUGGGAUUCGAAUUGUAAAUCCUCGAAUCUCGAUCCAAGAAAUGGAGACAAAAAUGGAUGACCGUCGGUUUAUCAAGCUGCACAUGCUGUCAAACUACGUAAGCAAGGGUGAAAUAACCGGAGAUUGGGUGACAAUGGGCGUGGUUGUGAAGAAAUUGCUACCGAAAACUGCUGCUAAUGGGAAAACCUUCAGUAUUUGGAAGCUCUCAGAUUUGGCUGUUGGCAAAGAAAAUUCGGCUGUUAGCUUCUUUCUUUUUGGUGAUGUAUAUAAAGAGUAUUGGAAGAUGGCAGAGGGCAACGUGAUUGCAUUACUCAAUGCCGCUAUAAUGCCACAGAGAGAUAACGAUGAAUCAUCUUGCGUUGCAAUCACCUUGGACAAUCCAAGAAAGUUGAUGAUACUGGGCACAUCAAAAGAUUUUGGAUAUUGCCAGGCAACUACUAAAGUAGGAAAGCAAUGCAGCUUUAUUGUGAAUAAGUUUCACGGAGAUUUCUGUGAGCACCAUAUUUCACGCGAAUACAAGAAGAUUAAAUCAAAACGGAUGGAGUUUCAAUCUGCGUCUGUCGGCCCUGAUGCUAGAAAGGCUCGAAAUAUGAAAUCAGUGAAGAAGGAAAUUCACUCAGGCCAGCUGUAUUACGGAGGGCAGGCUCUUACUUGGCAUGAUAAAGGGGCAUUGAAGAAGAAAGCAGACACUAAAAAACAGACGUUAAGUGCACUGAUGGGUUCAUCAACAACUGAAAGUCACGUGAUGCAGACGUCAUCGAUGAAUGCAUGCAACAAAGAUAAAGAUCAAGGUGAAGUGAAUGGAAUAUCAGAAGAGUUCAAAGAUCGACUGAGAAUGCCCACCGUGGGGUCAAGAAACCUAAAGAAGUUUUUGCAGAAAGAUGAAGAAGAGCAACAAAGUGCUGUAGCUGAAAAAGUUGAGAUAAAAUCAGCCAAAGAUCUUAUCAAAGAGGAAAAAGAACUCAAGAAACAUAAAUUGAAACCAGCCAAAAUCGAAAUUGCAUCUUUGAAACCAAGGCUUUCAACUCCGCCAGCUUUUAAUUCAAAAUUCAAACCAGUAAUUGGAGGUGUUUCUAAAGAAGACGAUUUUAUAGAAUUUUGUGAUUCAGAUGAUAUUGUUAGCGAUUCAUUAAAUUCAAGAACGCCAAGUGAUGUUCCGGUUGGCUCAAGCCUGAAGAAAACGCCACUUGUUCCCAGACCAGCUAAGCCAAACGAAGCAAAGAUGAAGGCCAUUUCACUUCUUCGUGCCCAGAAAAUCAAACUAGAUUUGGAGAAAACGGAGACGAAUGCGAAAAAGAAAUCUCCUGAAUUUUUAAAAAAGAUCAAAGAUAGAGUCAGAAAGAACACCAUAGAUGAAGAUUCAGAGAAUCACGAACCUUCAAAGAAAAGACGCAAAGGAAUUUUAGACGAUGCUUUAGGUGUUUUGGAUUUAGAAUCAGAGGAAGGGAAGAAAAUUUUGAAAACACAAUCUGCCCAUGCAGACACCGUUCAACGGGCUGAGGCUGAAAGAGAGGCGGCCUAUUUUAGCGUCCUUGAGAAGAAGGAAAUGUACGAAGAAAAGAUGAAGAAUAUCACUGAAAUGGAUGUCAAAGUCGUUUGCUGUAAAAUUUGUAAAUAUAUGCAUGAAUUCCAGUCAAGUUAUUGCAAAGAUAAAGGUCAUUUCACGGUGAAAGUGGAUGCAGUCAAAAGGUUUUUCAUGUGUAAAAACUGCAAGCAUAGGACAACCAGUUUUAAGAAGCUUCCAGUCCAGCCGUGCAGCAAUUGUGGUGCAAGUAACUUUGAAAGAACAUCAAUGUUUCAGGAGAAAAAAGGACCGAAAAUCGGGGCUGAGACAUUGCUUGUUCGUGGGGAAGAGCAUUCGAAGUUUCUUACUACUUUAAAAUGAACUAAUUAAUUAUUGUCUUUCUGUUUUUGUAAUAUUUUAGAAUUUGAAGAUGUAUUAGUCAUUGACUGAAUGACAAAAUCAAAUCAGUGCCAAAUUGCAUA